AUGCGUGCAAACUCUAAAUCUCCUGGCCAACACACCCAACAAAGCAGGCUGCUCCAAAUGUGAAAGCUAAUGAAAUAAUUCUGCAGCUGGGGGUUUAGCAAGACAAUGGCUGCUGGGGAUCAGCUGACCUUGGUUUUCAUUGAGCUUUUAUCCGGCAUUUUCCCUUUGUAGCAUGCUUUAACUGUUUUGUAAAUAGUUUUGGCACCAUUCUGCUGAGGUGCAGUAUAAAUUCUGCUGCUCGGCUGCAGCCCCUUCACUGGCUCAAGCGGGUACUGGUAUAACUGGUGCUCAGUUUCACAAUGGCGUCAGACCAUCAGAUGCCAGCCUCUAAACAACAGCAAAGCAGCUCCAAGAUUGUCGUCUUUGAGCAAGAGAAUUUCCAAGGUCGCUGCCAUGAACUUAAUGCAGCUUGUUCCAAUUUGAAGGAGGCGGGAAUGGAGAAAGUUGGCUCCAUCCUAGUACACUCUGGACCCUGGGUUGGCUACGAACAGGCAAAUGGCAAAGGGGAGCAGUUUGUGUUUGAAAAGGGCGAGUAUCCCCGCUGGGAUUCCUGGACCAACAGCCGGAGGAGCGACACCAUUGGCACCCUGAGACCCAUCAAAGUGGACAGCCAGGAACACAAGAUCGUCCUCUAUGAAAACCCCAGCUUCACUGGCAAGAAGAUUGAGAUAAUAGAUGAUGAUGUGCCCAGCUUCCAUGCUCAUGGUUACCAGGAGAAAGUGUCAUCUGUACGGGUGCAAAGUGGCACCUGGGUCGGAUACCAGUACCCUGGCUACAGAGGCUACCAGUACCUGUUUGAAAAGGGGGACUAUAAGGACAGCUCAGAGUUUGGUGCCCAGCACCCCCAGAUUCAAUCCGUCAGGCGCAUCCGGGAUAUGCAGUGGCACCAGCGAGGGGCCUUUCACCCCACCAACUGAAGCCCCUCCCGCCUCCUGAGUGUCCAGAGGAGAAGGAAACUGGAACCAGUUUUAUGUGACCUGCUGCUGUUUCCCAGGGGCCUCGCUCUCCCUCA